GGCAAGAACAACCAACCCGGAAGCGAAACGAGGGGGAACUUCCGUUCUUUGUUCUGUCCCCGGUGUGUGGGUCUGUGACAGAGUCCAACAGGGCCUGGUCCGUGUCCGGCCCCCCACAUUUCUCGUCCCUGACCCCCAGGCUUUGGCAUCGACAAAAGUCAGAAUUCCCAGGAACUCGAACAGAAGCUGCUAAAUUGCCAGUAAUUGCUCCUUUGGCCUUCAAAGAAGAAAGGAAAGAAUCAGGCAGUGCUUCCUCAUUCUCCUUCAAAACCUGCUUUCCGCUGAAUCUGCACCUAGGAGACCAGAGAGCACCUUGCCCUUCCCAUGGAAACUCAGGCCGAUCUCGUAUCUCAGGAACCUCAGGCCCUGCUUGAGAGUGCUCUUCCUUCAAAAGUUCCUGCCUUUUCUGACAAGGACAGCCUGGGGGAUGAGAUGUUGGCAGCUGCACUCCUAAAGGCCAAGUCCCAGGAGCUGGUAACAUUUGAGGAUGUAGCUGUGUACUUCAUCCGGAAGGAGUGGAAACGUUUGGAACCUGCUCAGAGGGACCUCUAUAGAGAUGUGAUGCUGGAGAAUUACGGGAAUGUGUUCUCACUGGAUGGUGAGACCAGAACUGAAAAUGAUCAAGCAGUUUCUGAAGACACAAGAUCACAUGGGGUCCUGCUGGGAAGAUUUCAAAAGGAUAUUUCUCAGGGUCUUAAGUUUAAAGAAGCCUAUGAACGAGAGGUCAGUCUAAAGAGGCCGCUGGGGAACUCCCCUGGAGAAAGACUGAACAGGAAAAUGCAAGAUUUUGGCCAAGUGACAGUUGAGAAGCUAACCCCCAUGGGAGAGAGAAGCGAGAAAUACAAUGAUUUUGGGAACAGCUUCACUGUGAAUUCCAACCUUAUCUCGCAUCAGAGACUUCCUGUGGGAGACAGACCCCAUAAGUGUGAUGAAUGUAGCAAGGGCUUUAAUCGAACUUCAGACCUUAUUCAGCAUCAGAGAAUCCACACCGGGGAAAAGCCCUAUGAAUGUAAUGAGUGUGGAAAGGCCUUCAGCCAGAGCUCACACCUUAUUCAGCAUCAGAGAAUACACACUGGGGAGAAACCUUAUGAAUGCAGUGAUUGUGGGAAAACCUUCAGUUGUAGCUCUGCCCUCAUUCUGCAUCGGAGGAUCCACACAGGGGAGAAACCCUAUGAAUGUAAUGAGUGUGGGAAGACCUUCAGCUGGAGUUCCACCCUCACCCACCAUCAGAGAAUCCACACUGGCGAGAAACCCUAUGCCUGUAAUGAAUGUGGGAAGGCCUUCAGCAGGAGCUCCACCCUUAUUCACCAUCAGAGAAUCCACACUGGAGAAAAACCCUAUGAAUGUAAUGAGUGUGGGAAGGCCUUCAGCCAGAGCUCACACCUCUAUCAGCACCAGAGAAUCCACACUGGAGAGAAGCCCUACGAAUGUAUGGAAUGCGGAGGAAAGUUUACCUACAGUUCAGGCCUUAUUCAGCAUCAAAGAAUCCACACCGGGGAGAACCCCUAUGAAUGUAGCGAGUGUGGCAAAGCCUUCAGGUACAGCUCAGCUCUUGUUCGCCAUCAGAGAAUUCACACUGGAGAAAAGCCUUUGAAUGGGAUGGGCAUGAGCAAAAGCUCCCUCAGAGUUACAACUGAGUUAAAUAUCAGAGAGUCCACGUGAAAGAGCCACACACCCAUUUUCCUCACUUCCCCUGAGUCUCAAGAGCUCUUGCCUUAUUCUAUAAAUCUCAACAGCUUAGGAUGUGUCCCUUCCAACUCAGACCUUUCACUUUAGAGAAUGGGGCCGACUGGGCAAAUCAGUGAAUUUUCCCAGAAAUUGCACCAGCCUUGGAAAGUGACGAGGCAGGCAGAUGGCGUGCUGGGAAUAGAAAGCAGCUCUGGGACCAGUCACCCCAUUUAGGAAAGGAGUUUGCACUAAACCCUUUUUUCCUCACAGCAGAGGAACCUUUCCAAGGUGGGGAUGGAAGCACAGUUGGGACAGAAUUCCAUGGAUUCCUUUAGUUGGGAGUCCAUCUAGUCCCCACAGCCAGCAGUGGAAAGGACGCUCUGGGUCCUGUUAUUUGCUAGGGAGGGAAAAGGGAGGCUGUAUUUCAAAGCUACUGUUCCUAGUCCAGCUUUAAGUUUUGAUAAGGGACAUGCUGUUUUGUUUCAUGAUUUCAUUAUGGAAAUUUGUCAUCGAGGGAUUUUUAUAGAGGGUAGAAGAUUCCAGAAACAUCUUCUGUGAUGAUGGUGUCUUUUAAGGCUCUUAGAGCAGCCAGACCAUGUUUCUAAGAGAAACCUGGUGAUAUUGCUGGCAGACCCCACCCCGGCCCAGCCCAGUUGUCAUGGGGCUGACUGGGCAAAUCUAUCCAAGCAGCUAGUAACCGGCUAUGAGGGAAAAGGUCAGAAGCACAUAGCAUUGGCCUCUGAUUCCUGUCCUCUCCUGUCUUCUUUCCACUCCUAUGAUGAAAGUGAUUUUCUCUAAAUGCUUGGUUAAGGAUGCUUUCAAGGACCUUACUCAGCCUGGCUGCCCUGCCCUCUCACCUCUACCAUCUGGCCCCAGUAGCUGGACUGCUCCUGCCUCCAUCUCUUGAUUCUUCAGCAGCUGAAGAUUAAUGCAGAUAAAGAGCAAAGCCCAAAAGGAAGGAAAAAAAAAAGUGAAGCCCAGAGAAGGCAGGCUGUGCCCAAGCCUGGUGGCAGAGCUCCUUGCUGGGUGAGGAUGGUGCUCCCUGAGUUUUCCCAACUGACAGGAUGACCUUCAUUGUUUUCCCAACCCUGCUCAUCCUGUAGCAUAAAUGAAGUGCACUAUUAAACAGAAUAGUUUUUCAGGAGA